AUGGCUGAUCCUCAGAAAACUGCUCUUGGCGAGAGAGAUAUCGAGCAGGCAAUUACAUUUCUUAAGAAAGGCUCAUAUCUGCUGAAGUAUGGACGGAGAGGGAAGCCGAAGUUCUGUCCAUUUAGGCUUUCCAAUGACGAGUCUAUACUCUUAUGGUACUCUGGCAAGGAAGAGAAGCAGCUUAAGCUCAGUACGGUUUCAAAGAUCAUUCCAGGGCAGCGAACUAUAUGCAAGGACAAAGAAGAAGCUGAAAUCUGGUUUGUUGGUCUUAAGGCAUUAGUUACUCGAUGUAACAGUCGCAAGUGGAGAUUGGAGUCAAGAACUGAUGACAGUCAGUGUUCUGAUAGUCCAAACUCUGGCACACGAAGAUCCACUCCAUCAAUUACACCACUUUUUGACCCUGUAGAUGCUGGAGGAGCUGCUUUUGAUGUGCAAAAUAGAUGGGUUAAGGCUUUCUCUGAAAUAAUUUCUCACAACACAGCUAGCAAGAGUCCUAGUCAUGCUGAAUCAAAUGCAAAUUCCUCCUUAUCCUCUGGGUCUAUGGAUAACUCAAGCAAUCGAAAUUCUGCAUCUGACGCAUUCCGAGUUAGUUUGUCUAGUGCUGUAAGUUCCUCCAGCCAGGGUUCUUAUCAUGAAGAUUUUGAUUCCCUAGGUGAUGUUUUUAUUUGGGGAGAAGGUAUCGGCAAUGGAAUUCUUGGUGGUGGUGGUGGUGUGUAUAGAGUUGGAGCCAUAUCUAGUUCUGAGAUGGAUGCAUUUCUCCCCAAGGCAUUGGAAUCAAAGUUAGUUCUAGAUGUUCACAGUAUUAGCUGUGGCUAUAGACAUGCUGUUCUAGUUACCAAGCAGGGAGAGAUAUUUAGUUGGGGAGAGGAGUCAGGAGGUAGGCUUGGACAUGGUGUGGAAAUGGAUGUUUUUCACCCUAAGCUUGUUGACACUUUUGGUGGCAUGAAUAUCGAGUUAGUUGCAUGUGGAGAAUAUCAUACAUGCGCUGUUACUUAUUCAGGGGAUCUUUAUACUUGGGGUGAUGGUGCUCACCAUUCUGGCAUCCUUGGGCAUGGAAGUGAAGCUAGUCACUGGAUUCCUAGGAAAGUAAGUGGUAACUUGGAGGGUUUACGUGUAUCUUAUGUGUCCUGUGGACCUUGGCACACAGCCAUUGUUACAUCAGCUGGACAGUUGUUCACAUUUGGUGAUGGAACUUUUGGUGCCUUAGGACAUGGAGGUCAUAGUAGCACAACUAUUCCUCAGGAAGUAGAAACUCUGAGAGGGUUUAGAACAACCAGGGUUGCCUGUGGUGUUUGGCACACUGCUGCAGUUGUCGAGGUGAUAAAUGAAUCUGUGGAAUCUUCUGCAUGCUCAUCUAGUGGAAGAUUGUUCACCUGGGGUGAUGGAGAUAAAAGGCAACUUGGACAUCCUGAUAGGGAACCUAGACUAGUUCCUAAGUGUGUAACUGCAUUGAGUACUGAAAACAUUUGCCAGGUGGCUUGUGGCCACAGUCUUACAAUUGCUUUGACAACAUCAGGAUGGGUAUAUACAAUGGGAAGUAAUGCUUAUGGGCAACUUGGGUGUCCUGCAUCUGAUGGGAAAGUCCCUACACGUGUUAAAGUUGCUGACAGUUUUGUAGAAGAUAUUGCCUGUGGUUCAUAUCAUGUUGCAGUCCUGACUUCCAAGGCAGAGGUUUACACAUGGGGAAAGGGUUUGAAUGGGCAAUUAGGUCAUGGAGACAAUGAUCACAGGAAUAAACCCACACUUGUUGAGUUUUUAAAAGAUAAACAAGUGAAAAGUGUUUUUUGUGGUUCAAACUUUACAGCUGUUGUAUGUCUUCACAAAUGGAUCCCAAGUGUUGACCAUUCUACAUGUUUUGGCUGUCGCAGUCCAUUUAAUUUCAGAAGAAAACGUCAUAAUUGUUACAACUGUGGACUUGUGUUUUGCAAAUCUUGCACCAACAAGAAAUCUUUAAAAGCUUCCCUUGCUCCCAGUUCCAACAAACUGUAUCGAGUUUGUGAUGACUGUUAUCUUAAACUUAAGAAGAAACCUGCUGAAUCAGUACCCUUCGUGCAAACUCCUAGCUUGAGAAGUGUAAGUAUGCAAGAGAGAACCACUAAAAUACAAGGGCUAUUGAGGCUUUCAUCUUUUGGUUCUGUUAUUCAAACAGCAAGUAGUCACUCAAAGCUUCCAGAUUCACAAGAUAGCCAUCGUGUCCCAGCUUCAAAUGGAAAAUUAGAGAUGAGGGGUUUUGUUUCUUCAAAAUCAUCCAAUUCUCUUCCUGUAGAUUCUAAGAAACACCUUUCAUUUUCUGAGCCUGCCGCAAGAAUAUCUUGUCAAUCAACAUCUCCAGUUUCAUCUAAGUCAAGUCCAAGACAAUCCUAUGAAGAUGUCAAUGAGGAUUUAAAGCACAGAAAUGAUAUUUUAAGUCAAGAAGUUAUAAGUUUAAGGACUCAGGUUGAGGGUCUUACACGUAAAUCAAAAAGGUUAGAGGCUGAACUUGAGAGAACAUCAAAGCAAUUGAAGGAAGUGACUGCAGUAGCUUCAGAUGAAGCUGGAAAGUGUAAAUCAGCAAAAGAGGUCAUAAAGUCAUUGACUGCACAGGUUGGGCGUUCUAUCCGUAGGGUUUUCUUUUUCUCCCCUUUUACAUUACUAAGCAUGGUUGAAGUUUGUUAG